AUGGAAGUCCCCCCAGGAACCAAGUUUGGUGAGACCUUUGCAUUUGAGGACAGGUUAGAGAUUCAGCAAGAACUUUUCUCAGGAGAGGACCUGGGGAAUUCUUUUCUUCAGGACCAAGGUCUGGGGCACAUGACUGUUAUCUAUAAGGAGAUCCCUCUUAGGGAUCAGGGGGAGGAAUGUGAUGCUUAUGGGGGCAAUUUCAGUCUAUGUUCUAGCCCUGUGCAGCAUCAGAAUGCCCCUCCAGCUACCAGACCCCAGGAUGAUGAGCUUUUUGGCCAGACUUUCUUCCAGAAGCCAGACCUCAGUGUGUGUCAGAUAGUGCACAGUGGAGAAGACUCUGGGAAGUGUGAUAGCAAGAAAGCAGGCUGGGGGAAGGCUAUGCUUAACAACCCUCACAGAACAGCACUGCCAGCCAAGCCGUAUGCAUGUCGGGAGUGUGGGAAGGCCUUCAGCCAGAGCUCACACCUGCUGAGACACCUGGUGAUCCACACAGGGGAGAAACCCUAUGAAUGCUCUGAGUGUGGCAAGGCCUUCAGCCAGAGCUCACACUUACUGAGACACCAGGUCAUUCACACUGGGGAGAAGCCCUACGGGUGCCAGGAGUGUGGGAAAGCCUUCCGUCAGAGCUCAGCCCUCACACAGCAUCAGAAGACCCACACUGGCAAAAGGCCCUAUGAGUGUAGGGUGUGUGGGAAGGAUUUUAGCCGGAGUGCGAGCCUCCGGAAGCAUGAGCGCAUUCAUACUGGAGAGAAGCCAUACCAGUGCAAGGAGUGUGGAAAAGCCUUCAACCAGAGUUCAGGCCUGAGUCAGCACCGGAAAAUCCAUACCUUGAAGAAGCCCCAUGAGUGUGAACUUUGUGGAAAAGCCUUCUGUCACAGGUCCCACCUCAUUCGGCACCAGAGGAUCCAUACUGGGAAGAAACCUUACAAGUGUGAAGAGUGUGGGAAAGCCUUCAGCCAGAGUUCCAACCUGAUUGAGCACCGCAAGACCCACACAGGCGAGAAGCCCUACAAGUGCCACAAGUGCGGGAAAGCCUUCAGUCAGAGCUCCUCACUCAUUGAGCACCAGAGGAUCCACACAGGGGAGAAGCCCUAUGAGUGUGGCCAGUGCGGCAAGGCUUUCUGCCACAGCUCAGCCCUUAUCCAGCAUCAGAGGAUCCACACAGGGAAGAAGCCCUAUGCCUGCAAUGAGUGUGGGAAAGCCUUCCGGCAUCGGUCGGCCCUCAUUGAGCACUAUAAGACCCACACCAGGGAGAAACCUUACGAGUGCAAUACAUGUGGCAAGUCCUUCCGGGGCAGCUCACAUCUCAUCCGACACCAGAAAAUCCAUGCUGGAGAGAAGCUGUAG